CCGUACCCAGCGUGCCCCGCGCGGCGCUCCCGGAAGUGGGUGCGGGGCGCGCAGGGCCGCGCGGGUGCGGGCGGCGCCGCGGGCAUGGCGGGCGGGCAGGACAUGUUCGAUGCCAUCGUGAUGGCGGAUGAGCGGUUCCACGGGGAUGGCUACCGGGAAGGCUUCGAGGACGGCAGCAGCCUGGGCCUCACCGAGGGGAGGCGGCACGGCGCCAUGCAGGGCGCCAGGAUCGGCUCCGAGAUCGGGUGCUACCGGGGCUUUGCCUGUGCGUGGCGGCAUCUCCUGGACAGCGGCAGCCCCGAGAAGGACAGCAGGAAGAGGAAGGCCCUGGAGGCGCUCGUGGCCCUGACCCAGAGCUUCCCCUGUGGGGACCCCACGCACGAGUCGCUGCAGGAAGACCUGGACAGAAUCCGGGGGAAGUUCAGACAGCUCUGUUCCCUGCUCAACGUGCAGCCGGACUUCAGCGUCGCCACAGAAGGUUCCGGACUGUCCUUCUGAGGAGGCCCGAGAAAGGCCCAUGGGGACAGACGCCGCGUGGGGACACGCUGUGUGGCCAUGGUGGCCCAGGACCGCGGGCGGGCGGGCCGGGCUCAUGGCGGGUGACGGGGCUCCGUGCCCAUGCCCGCCUGGCCCUUGGAAGGGUGUGGGCCGCCGCCUGCCCCUGCCCCGCCCACCGACCCCUGGGUGCCCUCGGGGCCUGCCGUGGCAGGAAGACGGACCCCAGGAAGCCGCCGGUCCCGGCCGCCGGCUGGAAGGGUGUGUUUCCUCGGCGUGCCUGCAGGUGUCGCCCUGCCACCUUGUGAAGGGACCUGGGCCCCCGCCCGGCCUCUUGGUGGGGGGGCCGGGGCCUUGCCCCUCCCUGGGCUUUCUCCUGGGCUGGGCGCUGCGUGGCUGCCCCACCGUGGACGGCGCCUCUGUGCGUCCCUGCGCGUCCGUGGCCGCAGGGGAAUAAACCAGAGCCUGGCUCAGCUCUGAUGCCCCGGGCUCGUCGUUGGUCUGA